AUGCGCAGUAGAAGCAUAAACCGCAUCAUAAUAAGACGUCGCACGCGGGGCUACGAGGACGCGCUGACCCCAAAACCUGCGUCAGGGGUCGGUGCUUUAUUUCGAGAUUGGCACACAGGUUUGUGUGGAGCUGGUGGCAUGGCCUUGUCGUUUUGUGGCAACAACAAGGAUCUCAAUGCCUACAGCGUGGAAAACGGCGUGCUGAACAAUGGGUGCUUCGUGGACGCCCUCAACCUGGUUCCCCACGUCUUCCUGCUCUUCAUCACCUUCCCCAUCCUUUUUAUCGGCUGGGGCAGCCAGAGCUCUAAGGUGCAGAUACAUCACAACACAUGGCUUCACUUCCCUGGACACAACAUGAGGUGGAUCCUCACCUUCUUGCUGCUGUUUGUCCACGUGUGCGAGUUCGCAGAGGGCAUCGUCUCCAACAAUGUGAUGACAACCAACCACCUUCAUCUCUUCAUGCCGGCUUUCAUGGGUUUCAUAGCAGCCACAACAUCUGUGGUGUACUACCACAACAUAGAGACUUCCAACUUUCCCAAACUGCUACUUGUCCUCUUCAUCUACUGGGUGCUGGCGUUCGUCACCAAGUCCAUUAAGCUGUGGAAGUUUGCAGAGUUUAAUGUUGGUCUGGAGCACCUGAGGUUCUGCAUCACAGCUGUGCUGGUCAUCCUUUAUGGACUUUUGAUGGGCGUGGAGAUCAACGUCAUCAGAGUCAGGAAAUACGUAUUCUUUGCCAACCCUCAGAAGGUGAAACCACCGGAGGAUUUACAGGAUUUGGGGGUUCGUUUUCUGCAGCCAUUUGUCAACCUGCUAUCCAAGGCAACAUAUUGGUGGAUGAAUCCUCUCAUAAUUGGAGCCCAUAAGAGGCCAAUAGAGCUGAAGAAGAUCGGCAAGCUUCCCAUCGCCAUGCGAGCCCUCACCAACUACCUACGGCUCAAAGAUGCCUACGAAGAUCAGAGGACAGCUGAAGAUCCUGAACGAGCGCCGUCCAUCUGGCGCUCCAUGUAUCGCGCGUUUGGCCGGCCCAUCCUGCUCAGCAGCACCUUCCGUUACCUGGCAGACCUGCUGGGCUUUGCCGGGCCACUCUGCAUUUCUGGCAUCGUUAAGUACCUGAAUGAUAAGGAUGAUGGCGGGCAGGCAGACAAAGUGAAGGAAAAAUAUUUAGGAGUUUACUUCAUGUCCUCCACUGAGCUUCUGCAGAACAGUUCCGUCCUGGCUGUUCUCCUCUUCUUGGCUUUGGUCCUGCAGAGAACCUUCUUGCAGGCCUCGUACUAUGUCACCAUAGAAACAGGCAUCAACUUGCGGGGAGCUCUGCUGGCGAUGAUUUACAACAAAAUACUACGUCUAUCCACCUCCAACAUGUCAAUGGGGGAGAUGACAUUGGGGCAGAUCAACAACCUAGUGGCCAUAGAAACCAACCAGUUGAUGUGGUUCCUCUUUCUCUGCCCCAACCUCUGGGCUAUGCCCGUACAGAUUGUGAUGGGGGUGAUCUUGCUAUACUAUUUGCUGGGCUGGAGUGCUUUGGUAGGAGCAUCUGUCAUAGUUCUGUUGGCCCCAGUCCAGUAUCUUAUUGCUACAAAGCUGGCAGACACACAGAAAAGCACACUAGAACACUCGACAGACCGGCUGAAAAAGACAACGGAGAUCUUAAAGGGCAUAAAGCUGUUGAAGCUCUACGCCUGGGAGAAUAUCUUCUGCGACAGCGUGGAGGAGACCAGAGGCAAAGAACUCACAAGCCUCAGGACAUUUGCUUUCUAUACAUCAAUGUCUAUUUUCAUGAAUGCUGCCAUUCCCAUUGCUGCUGUUCUUGUGACGUUUGUAAUGCAUCACUUCAUCAAUAAAUCGGGUCCCAGUCCUUCAGAGGCCUUUGCUGCGCUGGCGUUGUUUCAUAUCCUGGUCACCCCACUUUUCCUGCUCUCCACUGUGGUCAGAUUUGCAGUGAAGGCUCUGGUCAGUGUCCAGAAGCUUGGGGAGUUUCUACAGAGUGAUGAAAUUGGAGAUGACAGUUGGAGAAAUGGCGACAUAUCAGUUUCCCUGGAAGGAGGAAAAAAACCCUUGGGAAUGACCAAAGCCUUCAACAGGAAGCAGCCAAUGCGCUACCAGAUGGACAACUAUGAGCAGCCGUGCAGGCGACAGAUGAGACCCACAGAGACGGAGGAUGUGGCUGUAAAGGUCAGAAAUGGAUCCUUUACCUGGGGAAACAACCAGUUGACCCUGUCGGACAUCAGCAUUGGCAUCCCCACAGGUCAGCUGACAAUGAUUGUGGGUCAGGUGGGCUGUGGUAAAUCCUCCCUGCUGCUGGCCAUGCUCGGUGAGAUGCAAGCAAUCGAUGGAAUGGUCCACUGGAGCAAGCAGCCUGAUUUUGAGAUGGUCCACGAGGGGAACAUAAGUUGGUCAGAGACAGAAGAGUCUGACGAAGACAUCAGGAGCAAGAACAGAAACUCUGUCGCUUACGCUGCUCAGAAGUCCUGGCUGCUCAACGCUACCGUGGAGGAAAACAUCACCUUUGGCAGCCCUUUCAACAAACAGCGGUACAAAGCUGUGAUUGACGCCUGCUCUCUUCAGCCAGACAUCGACCUGCUGCCUUUUGGGGACCAAACUGAGAUUGGAGAGAGGGGCAUUAACCUGAGUGGAGGCCAGAGACAGCGGAUUUGUGUGGCCAGAGCACUCUACCAGAACACCAAUAUUGUCUUCUUGGAUGAUCCUUUCUCAGCGCUGGACAUCCACCUUAGUGAUCACCUAAUGCAGGAGGGAAUCCUUAAGUUUCUGCAGGAUGAUAAGCGAACAGUGGUCCUCGUCACCCACAAACUGCAGUAUCUCAUCCAUGCAGACUGGAUCAUAGCCAUGAAGGAUGGCUCUGUUCUCCGAGAGGGAACCCUGAAGGAUAUUCAGACUCAUGAUAUUGAGCUCUAUGAUCACUGGAAAACUCUGAUGAAUAGAAACGACCAGGAGCUGGAGAAGGACAUACAGCAGGACAGCCAAACAACACUUGAGAGGAAGACACUGCGGAGAGCUUUCUACUCCAGAGAGGCCAAGAAUCAAGUUGACGAUGAGGAUGAAGAGGAAGAAGAGGAAGAGGAAGACGAUGACAAUAUGUCCACAACCACCAACAGACGAUCAAAGAUUCCAUGGAGGGUAUGCUGGUGUUAUCUGUCCUCUGGAGGCUUCUUCAUGGUCUUCAUGAUGGUUUCCUCAAAGCUCCUCAAGCAUUCUGUCAUUGUUGCCAUUGACUACUGGCUAGCUAUCUGGACAUCCUCUAAAACUAACCAGAGCACAAACACAGAAACAGACACACUGAAUGAAACCAUGUGGGCUACAAGCAGCAACAGCACAUCUCCUACUCUCAGUACUCCAGAAGCUGAGCACGGCUACUAUCUGCCGGUCUUCAUCAUCUUGUGUGCGGCUGGAAUCACUUUAUGCCUGAUAACAUCCCUCACUGUGGAGUUUUUGGGCCUCUCUGCAGCCACCAACUUACACCACAAUCUACUCAACAAGAUUAUCCAUGCUCCCAUCCGGUUUUUUGAUGUCACUCCUUUGGGUCAGAUUCUCAACAGAUUUUCAGCUGACACCAACAUCAUUGACCAGCAUAUUCCCCCAACAUUAGAGUCUUUGACGAGGUCCACACUGCUCUGUUUGUCGGCCAUCGGGGUUAUAGCUUCCAUCACUCCUGCUUUCCUGAUUGCCUUGAUUCCCUUGGCAGUGGCCUUCUACUUCAUUCAGAAGUAUUUUAGGGUCGCCUCAAAAGACCUCCAGGAUUUAGAUGACUCCACGCAGCUUCCUCUGCUCUGCCACUUCUCUGAGACAGCUGAAGGUCUCACCACAAUAAGAGCAUUCAGACACGAGGCGCGUUUUAAACAGCGCAUGCUAGAGCUGACAGACACGAACAACACGGCCUACCUGUUUCUGUCUGCCGCUAAUCGGUGGCUGGAGGUCAGAACGGACUACCUCGGAGCAGUGAUUGUGCUGACAGCUGCAGUUGCCUCAAUAUGGAGCUCGAGAUAUGGUUUGCCAGCUGGAGGCCUGGUGGGCCUUGGCCUCACCUACGCCCUCACUGUCACCAACUAUUUAAAUUGGGUCGUGAGGAACUUGGCAGACUUGGAGGUCCAGAUGGCUGCCGUGAAGAAGGUCAAUAGCUUCCUGAGCACAGAGUGCGAGAACUAUGAAGGAACUCUAGACUCCUCUCAAGUGCCUGAGAACUGGCCCCAGGAUGGCGAGAUAAAGAUCCAGGACUUAUGUGUGCGCUACGAUCCCUUGCUGAAACCAGUGUUAAAACAUGUCAACGCGUACAUCAAACCAGGCCAGAAGGUGGGGAUCUGUGGUCGCACAGGCAGCGGGAAGUCUUCCCUGUCUUUGGCUUUUUUCAACAUGGUUGAUAUUUUUGAAGGAAGGAUUCUCAUCGACGGGAUCGACAUCUGUCAGCUCCCUCUGCAAACGCUCAGGUCUCGACUCUCCAUCAUUCUCCAGGAUCCGGUGUUAUUUAGCGGCUCAAUAAGGUUCAAUCUGGAUCCUGAGAGAAUGUGCACCGAUGAUCGGCUGUGGGAGGCGCUAGAGAUCGCUCAGCUGAAGAACCUGGUGAAAGCGCUGCCCGGAGGACUAGAUGCUGUCGUGACAGAGGGUGGAGAGAACUUCAGCGUCGGGCAGAGGCAGCUCUUCUGCUUGGCGAGGGCUUUCGUCAGAAAGAGCAGCAUCCUCAUCAUGGACGAAGCCACGGCAUCUAUAGACAUGGCCACGGAAAACAUCUUACAGAAAGUUGUGAUGACAGCAUUUGCAGACAGAACAGUUGUUACAAUCGCACACCGUGUGUCCUCUAUCUUGGACGCGGAGCAGGUGCUGGUCUUUUCCUCAGGGAUCUUGGUGGAAAGUGACUCUGGUCCCAGCCUUCUAGCACAGGAAGAGAGCCUCUUCAGUGUGCUAGUGAGGACUCACAAGUAGCCCUGGAUCAGCUCAGACCACUUUGGCUCUACCCGACUCCCACUGUCCGCAAUUUUUUCCAGUUUUUUAAAACAUUUUUAUUCAUUUUUUUAUCCCGGCUGAGUGAGAGCUGGAGUCUGAGUCUGGGUCUGCUGAAACCUAACUGCCACUGUCAGCCUGCACCGCGUCCACACCAUCCUAACUGCUGAUCUGGUUAUCGUGAUGAAGCGAGGCAACAUUCUGGAAUAUGACAAACCCGAGACUCUUUUGGAGCAAGAGGACGGGAUGUUUGCAUCGUUCGUCAAAGCCGACAUGUAGACUCGCCGUCCAUCAUCACGAGUUACAUUCGAAAAGACUGCUCAGAUCGGUGGUCGCCAGUUGAAUUACCUCUAAAGGAGCAGGACGGACGCCAGCGGUGUUAACAUAACACGAUGGAAACCAUGAACACGUCCCACCUGAAGCAGUCGCUCCCGAAAAGGCUUUUUUUAAGAUGACCUGUACACAGCUUUUAUAAUGCGAUUUAUAACCUGGCUAUUUACUCCAGUUUUCACAUGUAGGAAAAUCAAAUGCGCAAUAUAUUCUCUACGAUUCCUUGUCCUGUCACGUUUAUUUAGAUCAGAGUUAAAAUGGGGAAUUUAUUACUACUAAUUUUAAAAAGUAUCACUGCAUCAGAAUCUCAUAUUUCCACUACAUUUUUCCCUUUAAAGCCAGUUAAAAACCAUAUAAGUUCUAGUUCAUGUCUUGUAACACUUUCAACUCCCUGAAGAUGGCGUUUGCUUGAGAUUUUAGUAUUUAUUUGUCAUUUGAAAAAAACCUUAUGUUGGUUAACAUAAGGUGCUGUUAAAACGGUAAAAGGAAACAUUGAAGCAAUACGGGGGUGACAUUGUGAAAAUCGUGAGACAAACUCUGCCAGCAGCAUACAAGAGGGAAAAUCCAGCUCUUCUUUGAGGCUAAAAGACUUAAGCGAGAAUUCAUUCCAUCCAGAUGUCAGCUGGAGUCUAACACAUCUGACCGUUACGUCUGCUUACUAGACUGAAAGUGAGACAGUGUUUGCUUCAGCACGAUAAAGCUACCCUCAGGCCAACCGCAUUAGAUUCUACAAAGUUAGUCAGGAUGUAAGUGUCUGGCUUUUCCACACCAAUAUGAUCAUAAACACUAAUCCUGUCUAAAUUUAAGCAGAAAGACUCAGAAAUCGUAUUAAUUUCAAACCAUCUCAACUGAUUCCUAAUGAGCCACACCCUUAUAAGAGCAACAAUAUUCUACAUGUUUUUAAUCUCAGGCAAAGGAUAGUUAGUUGCAUCUAUUUAAAUUAAGCUAUUGAUAAGAAGCAAAAAAAAGCAUGUUACUAGAUUUUGGGCUACGGGAAAAGCAUGAUUCCGUCUCACUCUAUGCCAUUAAAAAUGGAAUUGCCUUUAAGAUUGUAAUAUUAGUGAACUCCCAAUUAAGAGUGAAUUGGUAUUUACCAUGAUGUUGUCGGGCUCCUAAACCUGGAUGAGUAUCUCACUUCUCAGUCCUGUCACUCGCCUGUGUUGGUUUUUUGUUGAGCAAAUCAGUGACAGAUUUAGUGUCAAUCACCUUAGACGUAGCCCUGAUGUGCAGGUUCAGGUUUGAACCUCACCUGACCUGCACACACACAUACAUAAAUGCAAUUUCAACAAGCAGAAAAAUGCAAGAAUUCUGAGCCUGAAGAGAUUUGAAAUUAAGGCCUCGUAAGCCCCGACCAGAGCCUGAGUUACCAACAUUAGGUAAUAACUGCUAACAAUCGAAUUGUCUGUUUUGUUGCAGAGGCAUCAGUGGCUUGUCUGUUUAUUUGAAUUCAGGGAGAACAAGUCGCUGAUAGAUGGAGAUAAAAACACCAAAAGUAACCACAAAACCUUCCGUCUCCUGGGCUGGACUGUUGGAGCAGAACCACUCCUCCAUCGUACAUAACAGGACAUUCUCAGAGGCUUGCUUUAAACAACCAUCUUAUUCUUAACGUCUCAUAAAAUUCACAGUUAAUGUGUAACUUUUUCAAAUACUUUCCCACAAAACAUGAUACAUAUGAUAAGAGAAUAUUGCUAUACUUUCGCAUAUCGAUUGAUAUUGGCUUUUGACACAUGUUUUAAGUUGACUUGUUUUUGUUUUUUUUAUUAUGGCUGUAAAAUGACAAUUACGCGUUUUCUUUGGUAUUAUUGUCAGAGAAACUUUGUUUACUGGCAAAUUCUAAACGAGAGAGUUUUGUGUAGAUAAAAUCUCUAGCACCAGCUGCAAGUCAAAGAUUAAUCACAGCUCAUUUAUAGGUUAUCUGUAUUAUCUUGUAGUUUGUUUGAAUAAAUAGUCAAAUCCCACGAUGGAGACAGUUACCCAGCUCUGGGUACAUGCUGCUAAGUACACAGGAACACACAGAAAUACACCACUAAUGAGUAAUGAGUCCAGUCAAGAUCCUGCAAACACUUUUCUUUCGUUUAGAUUUUUUUUUUUUUCGAGGAACCAUUUUAACCUAAUUUUAAACUAUAUAUGUUUAUUUCUGUCGUGGAUCCACCUUCAGAUGGAUCAAUGGAUUGCUAGUUGUUGGCAUUUUGUGGGAACAUGACAGAAUUGAGCCUUAUCCAGUUUGUUAAACACAAAUUACAGGAAUUUAGUUAAUGUUGUGGAGCUUUGAAAUCUUUGGAAUUUAAUAUAGUCUCUCUUUUUAUAUUGUUGAAAUUUGAUACGUUUUUAACUUAUCGUGUGUAUAAAUCACACAUCUUUAAAAAGUGCACCUCACAUAUCAGUUUGUACUUUUCAACACAUAUAUAUAAGAAGUAGAAGUUUGAAUGUUUUGUAACUGUGAAAGAUUUUAAAUCUUUUUUUAAUGAUGUAUUAUACAUUUGAUUUCUAUGUAAAGUUGUACCAUAGAAGUAACACUGAUGGAAAUAACAAAGGUUUUAGUUUAAGAGAGUUAGCUUAGAUUACCUCUGAGCUUUUUUGAUUUAUUUUUUAGCAUCAUAGGAGGUGCUGGCAUCACAUCGGAAGAUGGAGAGAAACUCCAGGAUGAGGAAAGAAAAAGUUCAGAAUUAAGUGGACUUGUUGGCAGGAGUUACCGCCACAAAGCCAAACUGUGUUUCUUCGUUUUUCCGGUUGAUUAAUGUGAACAUGAUUUCGGAAAGACAUCUUUGAUGCUCAAGUCAAUCUUUUGUUUUGGAAAACCUACAACAUCCAUAUAUGUAUUGUGUCAUAAUUUUAUUGUUAAUAAGGUAGAUAGAUAGAAACACACACAGCUAAAUAAAUAUGCAGACAUGCAAGAUUUACUCAUUUUUACCUAAAUCUCAAGAAACCGUACAAAUGGUCGUAGUUAUAAGAAAAAGCCACAUAUGACUGACAUCCCAUGGAUAGUGACCAGGAUUCCAAUUUUUUUCUCUUUUGGAGUCAUAAGGUCAAGGUGUAGAUACAAAAGAAUUUCCGAGUUUCUUACCAUUUUUCAAAAAAUACAAUUAAAAUCUUUUUUACAGUUCUACGCAGUAACCAGAACAGGCAAGCCAUUCUUGUCACAAUUUACAAAAGCCUGUCUACCUUUUUACCCAGAGAAUAAGAUUUUCUGUGUUUUCAUGACACAGCUGGAUCUGAGAUUUGUACAAAUUCAUUGUCUGGACUGAAUCAAAUUCGAGGACAAAUUUGGUUUGCCUCACAACACACACUUGGACGGCAUCACCACAAUAUGACCCAAAAGUUACAAGUACAGUUACUUUAUGAAAUUUCUAUAAAUGGUUGUGGUUUUUUUUUUAUAAGACUGACAUCACUGCUACUUAAUGUGCAUUGGAGCAUAUGUCUAUCAACAUUCCUCAUUUCCUAUAGUUCUUUUUUAAGUUUAAACUCUUUCUCUGUCCUUGAUUCAGAUUGAAAAUCUCUAGAUAUUCUGUUUCAUCUGUCAUCAAGUGGGUAUGUUUUUCCAAGAUAACCACAGAGCAGAAUGCCAAUUAAUGUUGCUACCCACCUUUUAAUGUGACAUCAGUUUUAGUUUUUAAAUAACCAUAUAACUGUACUUAUUAAACUAAUUUAGAUUCCUCUUUACAAACUCAAACUGUUGAUAAAAAUGGUUUGAAAAAAUCUGAUCAAUUCUAGAUAAAUAGCUGAAGUCGCCAGACUCUUAUUGGACUGACUUCAGUUCAGUAAAUCACGUUGUGUGGUUUGUUUUGAGGCUAUUUUUGCCUUCACUUUAUGCUGUCGGUAAUAUUUUAUGCCUACAUUAGUACAAACACUGUAGGGUGUCAUGGCUCUGUUUGCAGCCGGUGCACCUGCUGUCUGUCGUCGUGUUUUGCUGAACCUUUUAUUAUCUUACAGGGCACCGGGCACCUAAACACAAGUUCCUACCGAGAAGAAAGAUGUUUUUUUAACAGUUUUAUUCUAUUCUUUUCAAUUAAAAUUGUAAGUUCACAACGCUGCAUGUAUCCCCUCUCUCAUUAGUCUGAAUAUUUACUUAAUGGCUAACUUCAUUUCCCAGCUUAGCUCCAAAGUAAGCAGAAAAAGCAGUAGCUGGUGGAAAACAAUGUCCACAGCCCCUCUGCUAUGGACUUGAUAUGGUCAUGUAGUCCAUAUAAACCACAGUCACCAAGUUUUUGCUAAAAAAAGAAGGAAAUCUUAAAAAUGUCAUUCUAUGGUGCUGCGAUUAAUUUUCUUUUGCUGUGAAUUGUUGCCAAAAAAUCAGUGUGCAUAUUUUGAUGGACGAAAAAGGAACAUUUUGGUUGUUUAGAGCAAACUAAUCACACGCACACAAAAAAAACUGGAAAGGAAUCAAUAAUCUUUUGCCUAAUUGCUCAUAUCCACAACAAAUAUAUACUCAUAAAUUUCUUAUGCAAACAUAUGCUUAUAAAAUAUUAAAAAAUAUAUAUGCUGUACAACUAUUAGGUAAUUUAAAACCUUUUAGAACUUUUAAUAACAUUGAAUAUUAUGUCACCAUAAUACCAAAGACUUUCUGUCAGCCAUAACCAACUCAGGGAUCUGGAUCAAAGAAAACAUGUAACAUAAACUCCAACAAUUGAUGGGCCUUUUUAUGUGAGUGUAGAGGUAUCAAGACAUAUGAGAAAUGCAUCUAGUACAUGGUUUCUGAUGAGGCUGUGCGGAGCUCUGGUCCUCUGCAGCUAUCCUCAAGAUUUACUAAGUAUUAUCAUUUUUCUGUGGGAGUUUUCAGCCCUUUUGUUGGCAUAUGGCAGACAUGAGAUAUCAAAGCCUGAUUUGAUGUGUGAUUUCCAAAAUGUAAAGAAUUAUUGGUGGAGAAAUGUUUCCCAAGCACCAAAAACGUAAUUACCACAUGGAUUAAUGACCACAUGGACUCCAGUCUCCUCAUACUUAUAACUUAGGAGCAGCUUAGUUGAUUGUAUUCAAUCAGACGAUUGCUGUUUUCUCUUUUGUAUUAAAGUGGAGUGACUUUAGUGACUCUGCUUUUGACUGAGUUAGUCGAUAGGUAUGUACUCUACAGACUGAAUGCCAACUAUAAAGCAUAAUCAUUUAUUUCAUCUCAAGAAGUCACCACUUUUCAGUUUUCCAUCUUGUGUUGUCCACCAGCUGUACCUAAAGUUGAUCUUUUCACUCUUAGCCUCUUUCCACAUAUCUUAUCCUUCGUUGUUGUGUUUUUAUUUUAUUUUUGCACCCAGCGUCUCCUUUAGUGACUGUUUUUUUUAUCUGUGUUUUUUUUUUUAAACGUGGGCCUGAGUGCUUCGAAUAAUUGUUCUGUGUUUAAUUUCCUGCUUUCCUUGCAGCUUCUGUUCUAUUCAGCCAUGAGUGGGAACCUCUUCCACUCUGUGAGAUGUAGCCCUUCACACCACAAUAAACCUUUGGUGCAGCUUCAAAGCACCACGUUUUCUUUUUUUUGUGUGUGUAAUCUAUAUUCCUCUGACAAACAUGUUCAUUUUUCUGCAUCAUCAUUUGCUCAUUAUUAUUCAGCUCUUUUCUCUCAGACGGAAUCCUCCUUUGCGCUUCCAACUCUGCAUAAUAUGAUAAUGUUGUGCACAUGAUCAGAUCUUUGCAGACGGUUACAGGCACUGUUGAAUUCACAUCAGACUGUUUAAGAGUUUUGUAUGAUUUUUACAAAGAAUAAAUUCCGAGCAUUUAUAUAUCC